AUGGGCUGGCACUCGCGCUAUUGGCUGGCAAGAAAUGUUCUUACGACAUAUAAGCUCGUAAGAGCUUUGGGAAACAAAAUACAAGGGCUUAGUGCUGCUGCCGAUAAUGAUUUUGAGAGGCCACUUCUGCUUGCGAAUGAAAUGCCUCUACCUGACACUGUAGGCAUGGAUUCAAAGCUAAAGAAGUUGAUAGAUUUCACUGGAGAAGACAAUUCGGGUAUUGUUGGGUUGUACGGCAUGGGCGGGUCAGGGAAAACAACACUCAUGAGAAAAGUAUAUAAUAGUGUGAUCGCUGAUGUAACUACCAGACAAGAUAAUGCUCUGGUGAUCUGGAUUGACAUGGCUGGAGGCUGUGAUAUAGAAAAAAUUAUUGAUGAUCUCCGCGAAAACUGCAAAAUUGAUAAUGUGAAUUGGGAGGGCAAAAGUAGAGAUUACAAAGCGAAAGAAGUUUUCAAUGAGCUGAAAGGGAAAAAAUACAUUUUAUUUCUGGAUGGUGCAGGUGGAGCACUAAAUCUGGAAGACAUUGGCGUUCCGCCUCCAAAUGAAGCCAAUCGAUCAAAAAUUUUUAUCGCAACACGCUUUGAAAACGUGUGUGACCAAAUGAAGGCUGAAAAGUUCAAAGUGGAAUGUUUGGAGGAAAAAGAUGCUCUUGAUUUGUUGUGCAGAAGUGCAGGUAUAAACUCAGAAUCUGCUCUGGGCAUGGUUGCACGUGAACUUAGUCAAGAAUGCGAAGGAUUCCCGCCUGCAUUGGUAGCAGUUGGACAAGAUGUGGCUGGCCUAAAGAAACUACAAUCAUGGAAGCAUAACCUGAAGAAGCUCAAGAAUUUCCCUUCCAAAGUGAAAGGCAUGGAGAAGGAUGUGUUCAUUACUCUGAAGUCCAGCUACGAUAGCCUUCCCACUACCAUAGAAAAGAACUGCUUCUUGUAUUUUGCUUUGUUCCCAAAGGGUGAAAUCGUUUCUGUCCCUGAUCUUAUACGUCUGUGGAUUGGAGAGGGAUUACUUGGGAACCAUGAUAGCAUACAAGAUGCCAUCAAUCAUGGCGUAGAAGUGGUUGAAAACCUAAUGGUAGCAUCUUUGUUGGAAGAUUAUGGAGAUAAUAGCGUCAAGAUGCACAAUGUGAUUCGACAAAUGGCAUUAUGGUUGGCUCGUGACCAAGAUCAGAGGAGAGACAAAGUUCUGGUGCAAGAUGAAGCAUUGAGAUCAUCACAGGAAUGUGAUGGUGAGAAAUGGAAGACUGUAGAGAAGAUUUCAGUAAGUGACAACCAUGCUCAAGAGGUCCUAACUUGGGAUGGUCCUGUCUGCCCUAAUGCUGAGACCUUAAUAGUAUGGUGCAACAAGGUACAGAUAAAAGAUUUCGAGAAGGUGGGAUCCAUGAGCAAAUUAAAAGUUCUAAGUUUGAGGCACAUUCAGGGGAUAACCACACUGCCCAAAGAAAUAGGUCGACUAAUUCACUUGGAAUAUCUGGACUUGUCAUAUCUCAAUAUUCAGGAAAAUCUUCCGGUAGAGAUGAUCAACUUGACGAGAUUGAGAGUGUUUCUCCUAGAACACGUUCAUUUCAGUCUUGAAGUCAUCUCUAAAGAGGUUAUAUCUUGUCUUAAGAGUUUGAUGGUGUUCUCGUUUUGGCGAGAGAUAAGGUCCUCAGAAACCACAAAUGAGGACCCUUCGUCAUCCACCUCGUUCACUUCGCCAUAUUUACAAGAGAAAUCAUUUCUGGAGCGCUUAGAGCAGCUACCAUUCUUGGAGGACAUAAGCCUCACCUUAGAGACUCCCUCAGGCAUCAACAAAUUACUUAGCUCAGACAAGUUGCGGCAUUGCAUCAGAAAUGUUGGAUUAAUUCAUCAACAAAAUGAGGAGACUACUGAAACUAUCAACGCACCAGUAACACAAUCUCUGUCAAAAAUGGAACUUUUGGAGGUGAUUCAUCUGGUUGCAUGGCGACACUGGUUGGAAGAGUCGUCCCUUGUUGAUCAUCAGAUUGAUAUAUUUCGGCAGCUUAGUGAGGUCCAAAUUUUGGACAGUUUUUCAGUAACUCAUUUGACAUGGCUCAGGUUUGCUCCAGUCCUUCGUUCUCUCAAAUUAGUUAAUUGUCUUUCACUCGAAGAAGUGAUUAUGGAAAUCGAAGAAGAUGUGGAUAGCGUAUUUGGAAAUUUAGAUUCGAUGGUUUUGACAAGGCUGCCAAGACUAUGGAGCGUCUGCAAGAAAACGUUGCCUUUUCCUAAACUUAUUGUCAUGGAGAUAACUGGAUGCAAUAAUUUGAACAAGCUUCCUCUUGAUCGUAACUCUGCAACAAAUACUUUGAAGCAUAUAAGAGGAGAAACACGAUGGUGGGACAAUUUAGAGUGGGAGGACUCAAUGGCAAAGGAAUUUUUUCAGGCUAAAUUUACUGAUAUCAACAAUUCUUAA